AUGCCUACCAACAGAGAUAUUCCUAUUCAAGAAGAGGAAAUGGAGCAGCCACUACCCUAUCAACCGCCGGAACAACAAAUAUUCGAGGAAGAACUAUUGGAGCCGCAGUUAAAUCGGAAACACCGACAACGUCUAAAGCACCUACGACGCACACUUUCAAGCGAGAAGGAUUCGGACGACCAGUAUGAGUUUAAUAAUACCAUCAUUAGCAAGUUAUCAUCGCUGCAGAAUGUCCAAGAAUGUAGUACUGUCAUCAGUGAUGUGAUCCAGGACCUAGCUGUGAGAAAUGAAACACUCAUAAUCGCGGACUCCCACCCGCAAGUAUUCCAAUUUCUGGAUAGCAAGAUUAAGUCGGAUUCCCUCAAGUCUAUGGACCCCCGACUUAGUGAGUUUAUGGAGUCUAUCAGGAAGAAGGAGCAAGAGGGCAGCAGGAAACGAAAGUCAUCAUCACCGCAGCCCUUUCGUGGCAAGGAAGCAGCAUGGCGCCCUGCUUCCUUCGCCCGUCGCCCGCCAACUUCAUACUGGAGCAGGCCAUAUGCGGAUCGCAGGCCCUAUUCUUAUGCAGGGCGUGACAUCCCUCCCACGCGCUCGACAAGGGAGUUUCCGAGGAAAAUAGAAGAAAGUCGUCCUGUAACCGUUGCGGAAGAGAAGGCCACUGGGCCAAAGAAUGCCCGCAAAACCACUAGUGAGUUUUUAGCUGGUUCGAUUCAUUGUUUCCAUACGGAAUGGUUGGCUCUCGAGCCCUCAAAGCUGGUCUCGACCACAGUGCUUAACGGGUACUCGUUGCCCUUAUAUUCAAUCCCGUCGAAACCAGCGAAUUCGGGCAACAGAAAGUCAGCUCUCAUGCACAAAGACUUCGUGAAUAAAGAAAUUACAGAGCUUCUCUCGACCGGAGCUAUUCAAGAAGUUUCCAUCGGUGCCUGCAACUCUCUUCAUGUUCACCCUCUAUCAGUAGGCCAAAGAUUGGUAUUAGACUUAUCUCAUUUGAAUAAGUUCUUACAUGUGCCAAAAAUCAAGCUGGAUGAUAUCAGUAGCAUUAUUAAUGCUUUGCCUGAGGGAGGCUUUAUGGCUACUUUUGAUCUCAAAGCCGGAUAUCAUCAUGUGCGGAUUGCACAAAACCACACAGACCUGUUAGGAUUUCACUGGGAGGAUAAAUAUUACAAGUUUUUAUGCCUACCUUUCGGAUUGUCUUCCGCACCCUACAUCUUCACUAAAUUGCUCCGCAGUUUCAUCAAGGUAUGGAGAGCCCAGGGUAGGGGAAUCGCUAUUUACAUUGAUGAUGGUAUUAUAUUUGAAAGAUCGAGAGCAGCCUGUGCAGAAACAGUGUCUAUUAUCCGGUCCGACCUCAAGCGGGCAGGUUGGUUCUUCGCCGAAGACAAGUGUAAAUGGGACCCUUCGCAAUCGUGCACAUGGUUAGGUUUUAAUAUUGAUUUAUCUGCUAUGUCCAUAUCAGUAGCGCCAGAGAGGUUGGCCAAGGCAGUGCACCGACUCGAUGUGAUGCGCUCGCUCCUCAAGCCUUCACUGUAUGAAAGAUUACGUUGGGCCGGAACACUGUCUUCAUUGCACACUGUUUUGAACAUAGUAGAUAAACGCAAUACGAGGGCAGUAUCUCGUGAGAUAGCGGCAGCGCAAGCUCAAGAUUGGCCGCUGUCCAAGGCAUGGCCCAAACUAGCGAAGAGCACCUCGAGCUACGCUACUGGACAAAUAGGUUACGACAAGGUUAAGGACAGUACCGUAUCUCAUAUAAUAGAUGUCGAUGCGUCAGAUCACUCAUUGGCGCACACAUUUAGAGAACUUCCGCAUUAUCUCCUAGGGGAGUCCAGCACAGCCCAGGGAACUUUUUGCCAUACAUUUUGCUUUGGACACUUACAAAGAAUUAUUGAUCGUGUGUUGAUCAACACGGACAGCCAAAGUUCGGUGACCAUAUACAAUAAGGGAAGUUUAGGGUUGCACCUGCAUCAGCUGGCACAGAACAUUUGGGAUUUAGAAAGACAUCACGGGUUCCAAUUGUUAGUUAGAUGGAUUCCCAGAUCAGAUAAUGAGGAGGCAGACUUUGCUAGCCGCCAGAUAGAUUAUGAUGACUGGAGAAUAGCAGACCGUAUUUUCACGGCCGUCACUUCAAAAUGGGGAGAGCCCCAAUAUGAUAUGUUCGCCAACGAUAGAAAUACACGAUGUGAUAUAUUCUUUUCCAGAUUUCACUGUCCAGGAUCCUCAGGGAUUGACGCCUUCGCUCAUUCUGAACCGUGGAAAAAUGGAUUUCUAUGGUUAGUUCCACCAAUCAAUAUGAUUUCAAAAACGCUCAAAUGGGCCAAAAUGCAUGGAUCUAAAGGCAUUUUGGGGUGCCCGCUUUGGGAAUCACAGCCUUUUUACCCAAUCAUCAAAUAA